AUGGAUCGGAGUUGGAUGCAUGAGAAACGCAAUACAGUCAAAUAUAUACAAGGGGUUCAAGAGUUCAUACAAUAUGCUGAAAAAAAUAAAAGCAAAAAGGCGGAGGAUUUUAUAUCGUGCCCGUGUUGUGAUUGUAAAAAGUUGAAAAGAUAUCGUACUUCUGACGUAGUGAAGGGCCAUUUGAUACGCCGUGGCUUUAAGGAAGGGUACGAUCUAUGGAUAUGGCAUGGUGAAAGCUUACCUCCUAGUACAAGUGUUCGUAAGAGUGAAACUCAUGUAGAUAGUGAAACUCAUGUAGAGAGUGAGAAUCAAGCAAAUAGUCAAACUCAGGCAGAUAACGAGGAGAAUAAUGAAACUCAUGUUAGCAAUGAUGAGGAUGAUGAAAUUAAUGACCGAAUAGAUGAAAUGAUGCGUGGUGUGCAGGGAGAUUUUAGUGAAAUGCCUCUUGAAUUUAGAUGUUUGUUUGAUAAUGCUGAAAAACCUUUGUUCUCUGGGUGUACCAAAUAUACUAAGUUAUCUGCUGUGCUUAAGUUAUAUAAUUUAAAAGCAAAGAAUGGAUGGAGUGAUAAGAGUUUCACGAGAUUAUUAGAACUACUAAAAGACAUGUUUCCUAGUGAUAAUGAACUUCCACAUUCAACCUACGAAGCAAAAAAGUUGUUGUGUCCGUUGGGUAUGGACAUUGAGAGGAUACAUGCAUGCCCAAAUGAUUGUAUACUGUAUUGGAAAGAAUACAAGGACUUGCAUGUGUGUCCAAAGUGUGGGACAUCAUGUUAUAAAAGGAAAAAUGUUGAUGAUGUGUGUGAGGGUAAGAAAUGUCCACCAGCGAAAGUAUUAUGGUAUUUACCCGUAAUACCAAGAUUUAAACGCAUGUUUUCUAAUCCAAAAGAAGCAAAAAAAUUGCAAUGGCAUGCUAUUGGGAGAAAGGAUGAUGGAAAACUAAGACAUCCAGCCGAUUCACCACAAUGGAGGAAUAUUGAUAGGAGGUGGUCUGAAUUCGGUACUGAAAAUAGGAAUCUUAGACUUGGAUUGUGUACUGAUGGAAUGAACCCCCAUGGUAACAUGAGCAGUCGACACAGUACUUGGCCUGUCCUAUUAGUAGUCUAUAAUCUUCCACCUUGGUUGUGUAUGAAGCGGAAAUACAUCAUGUUGUCGUUGUUAAUAUCAGGGCCUAAACAACCAAGAAAUGACAUAGAUGUAUAUCUAGCCCCACUCAUUGAAGAUUUAAAGAUGUUGUGGAAUGAAGGUGUGUCGGUGUAUGAUGCUUAUAGUCGAAGCAGUUUUACCUUACGUGCAAUGAUCUUUUGCACCAUAAAUGAUUUUCCAGCUUAUGGUAACCUAUCAGGUUAUACUUGUAAAGGAGCUAAGGCAUGUCCUAUUUGUGAAGAUGAAACUCCCGAUCUAUGGUUGAGUAAUUGUAAAAAGAAUGUGCUCAUGAGUCAUAGGGCAUUUCUCCCAGAUGGUCAUCCUUAUCGAAAGAAGAAAAAAGCUUUUAAUGAAAAACCAGAGACUCGAGUAGCUCGUUUGCCUUUAUCUGGACAUGCAAUUUAUGAGCGUGUUAAAAAUGUUGAUGUUGCUUUUGGCAAAACUUGUAAGACUACUCAGAAGACUCUCUAG